GGAAGCGGCCUAGCAGAAGCUGUUUGAAGAGCUGCCCCUAACGGUGGAGGAAGAGUGUGGGAUGUGCACUGAAUAGCAAACGUAGCCAAAGAUGAGAAGAAAAGUGGCAGGAAGACUUAGACUUAGUCCUAAUGAAGAAGCUCAGCUGUUGAAAGAAGAACAUGAAAGAAGAAGAAAAUUAAGGCUGCAACAGGUCAGGGAACAGGAGCGGAAUAUUGCUUUGCAGAUAAGGCAAGAUGUUAAACAGCGAAGAGAUGAACACCUGAAUCAGCUGGCAGAAGAACUGGAGGCAGAAUGGCAGAAAACACAGGAAGAGAAGAUUAAAGCUCUGGAAAACCUAUACCUGUCAAGUUUAAGAGCUAUAGGAGAAGGGCAUAGAGAAGCAAAGGAAAAUGAGCCUGAUUUGGAGGCACUGGCAAAGCAAGCGGAAGAAAGGAGAGAAACAGCAAAAAAGAGGUAUAAGGAAGCACUGAAAGAACAGAAAAAUCAGAAGGAAAAAUUGCUGAGAGACCAAACAAGGCGAGCAAAUGCACGAAAGCAUGCAUUUGAUGUAGAAAGAGAAAGAGCUGCUAGAGUUGCAAGCCUGCCUCCUCCUCCCCCCCAUCCUUUUGAAAAUAUUGAAUUGAAGAAUAUAACUACAAUGAAAAUUAGUGAUGUUGAUAAUUUUUCUCUUAGUCGCCACCAUAUCUUUGACCCAUAUGUGGACAGAGAAAUGAACACAGAACAG